AUGAUGGAGAACUACUACAAUCUAUAUUCUUCCUGUGCCUAUGGCACACGAAAACGACCGUGGUACGUCGCGUUGCGUCGAACGGGACGGAGUCGUCGAGGAAAAAACGCACGGCGACGGAGGAAAGCCAGCCAUUUCCUCGUUGUCCAUUAUGACACACCACCGCCCAGGAGCGACGGACAAAUAGAUCUAGGCCGACUGCUCGCCCCAUCAUUGAAACAUCAGCCACCUAAGGACCAGUCGUUUGUGCGACGACAAGCGUUGGCAAAGCAAAUGCAAACGCGAAUCGAGCGCAUACAGGAGCGGGUGGCGAAUCGUCGUCCGACGCCUCCGGCAAUGCGGAAACUUCGCAAGCGAAAACGACGACGACAACAGCGACUGGAACGUGAACAGCGCCAACGACGACUCCGACAACAAGAAUUUGGAGCGAUUACGCGAAGAAGAGUUGAAUCGAAAACGUAG